AAAGUGGAGAUGCUUCAGAGAAAUAUGUCUUCUAAAAGUGAGAAUGAAACACUAAACAGAUCCCAAAAUUUAACAGACAGCUUGCAGAAUAUAACCCCAACAAAAAAAGAGGCAUUCCCAACAACGGCUAAAAUCCAUUCGGUGACCGCAGUAAAACCAUCUACAGCACAAGGUGAUUCCCCGCCAUAUGUUCUCUCCCACGCGGUGACCGCUAGUCCUGUGUCUCAAGUGGAUGUUGAUGCUUCCGAAGAGACUAAAAUUGAGGAAGAGGAUCUUCUAACAGAUUUGAAAGACACACUAAAUAGUUCACCACCCAUCAUAAAAGAAACUAUGGACUCGGAUGGAGGAGAUGACUAUCCUCCUUAUGAAAUGACGUCGAAUUCCAGAUACAACCCAGACCUUCUAGAGCUGCCAGAAGACGAUGACUCUGACGCCAUUGGUAAUUACAAUGAGGAGAUCAAGUCCCUUGAUGAGAAGAUAAAAGAUGUUUCUGUCACAGGGUUGGAAGAAGACGACGACGACGACAGCCAUUUCUUUUUUCAUCUGGUUGUAGUUGCCUUCUUAGUAGCUGUUGUUUAUGUCACCUAUCACAAUAAGAGGAAGAUCUUCUUACUGGUCCAGAGCCGAAGAUGGAGGGAUGGCCUGUGCUCGAGGACAGUAGAAUAUCAUCGUUUAGAUCAAAACGUUAAUGAAGCAAUGCCUUCUCUGAAAAUAACUAAUGACUACGUAUUUUGAAAGCACUGUGAUUUCAGUUUGCUGAACUUGUCACUCUUUGCCUGCCUAGUCAUGUAAUGGUAUUCAGGUGUUCUAAAUGUGCUGCUUGUACGGAAAUGAGAUGUAUUCUCUUUGACCUGGAUGUUUUUGAGAUUAAAUCUCAUGGAAGAUCAAGGGCAUGAUACAUCUGUUUGCUACUUUGAUCAGGUUUUGUAUCGGCCAUAAAGAUACAGAAUUUUAAUAAUUAGUGCUCUUUCCAU